UAUUAUCAAGUCAAGUCAAGAGAAAUAUUCAAGAUGUUCUCCUUAUUAAGUUUUGUAUUGGUAACUAAAAUCCUCUUAGUCUCCGCGAAAGUUACCAGUUCACCACCGGUUCUGAUCUGGGGUACCGAUACACCCAAAACUACGAGUAUCUUUCGCCCAGUGAUAACUAAACAGUUUGAAAGGAUAAUAGCAAAUUUGCAGAAGAGCAAUAUGAUAGUGAUUUACCUAGCCUCGGAGCUAGCCGCCAAGGACAUUAACUGCGAUGUGUGCUUUCCCUACUUGAGCAAGAUCCAGCCCAUGAACUACUACAGCCAGGUGGAGGAGCCUCUGAAGGCCGUGGAUCGGGUUAGUAGGAAGACGGGAGAGAUCUACUGGCACUAUCCCGUGAUCACGGAGAUAAGGAGGCUGGAACUGGAAAUGGAGCUUCCUUGCAAACAGGGCCAGAUACACGCAUUCAGCUUCAACGAUCGCAAUGUGCUUGCUCACGACGCUGCCAUGGCGAUGGCAACCUAUCAGUUCAGCGACUGUCCGGUGGUGCAUGUGUACACGGCUUACACGGAGGAGGAUAGGGCUUUCAGGCGUCGUCAGGCCCAAAAGACGCGACCGGCACCCCUGAAAAUGGACCCAUCAAAGAGCCUGGGUCCAUCGACGAAUGUGACCGAUUUCGGAUUUGGUGAAAUGCCGCAACGUUUUAGCUACAGCUUGGUCGACAAUAUGACCGUUCUGCGUCACGACAUGGUCAUCCUAUCAUUCCGUAAUAUCCUGUGGGCCAAGAAGGAGCGGCCGGGAGCUUGGAACCGCUACAACCGAACGGACGUGGUCCUUCCCCACGGAAGGGAGGAAGUUCAGGUGGGCCUGCUAAACGGCCGAGACAUCUACGGAGGCAUCGUGCUGGUGAUGGACACAAACCGAGGUCCCCUACUCGUAGAGCUGGUUCCCUCGCAGAGCAAUUGGUUCCUCACCCGCAUUAUCUUCGGCAACAACUCGCACUAUCUGCGGGAUCUCGUGUUCUUCGGUUUUGAAUUCAGUCUCUGUUGUACGGACAUAACGGGCUAUGCCGCGGACACGGAGAUCCUCACGUUCUUUGACUUUUACCUGGACAUCCUUUGGCGAGAUAAGGAUAAUGGUAUGGAUCUGAACUACGAGGUGAAACCCUGCUGGAGCUGUUCUAUGUUUAUGACCCCGACCGUAGCACAGUCCCUUUUCGUGGGCUUGAUUAUCCUUAUACUACUCUGGAUGGGCAUGGCCAUGAUACUGAACAUCGGGCAGAACAGGAUACUCCAAAAUGCCAACGAUCCUGACCUGCACAUCAAGACGGACACCUAGGCGAUCCGCAACUGUGGUGGC